AAAGCGCGCGACGACACACCUUCUGUGAAGUACCGCAUUAAACCAUCUGCGAUCAAAAGGUUUCGUACGCUCUCCCCAAACAGACGUCAUGCAUUCUCUCUACGGUUUAUCCCCUAGCGCUCCAGCCUACAUCAACAAGGCUUUCGUUCUGGUGAUCGUCGCCGCGUCUCUUGUUGUAAACUCCUCCGGUGUUCUGUUGCCGUCGGAUCUCGGUGACGGCACGACGCCCAACUUGAAAGCAAUCUUUCUCGGUCGUUGUUAUGAUUGCGAAUAUUGCUCUGAAGAACAGGCAGGGUUGUACAACUGUUCGGGUCUGUGGGACGCCUUUAGUUCGAGUUUUUCCUACCAGGAGCCUUGUAACAGCGUGCCAGAGGACUUCGAUGACUUUGUCAGCAUGGCCUUCGUCCCUCUCGCCGAUAACCAGACACUAUUCUAUUCAGGAAUGUAUAGCAUUGCAAUGGCCAUCGGCAGGCAGUCCUCCGAUUUCACCAACAUCGAACUCACGAUGCUUGGUGGGCUUGUGGACGGGAUGACCUUCUGCGGCAUGGUCGACGCUCCGGGGAUAAAUUACGACGCUUGUCCGACGUUCGACAGUUGUGAAAACGAUGUAGAUGCAUUGUGGAAAGAGUCGUCACAAUAUUUUGCUGGCCAAGCGAGUGGUGAGGUCACUGUUAUACUGGAUGGGAGCAGAGCAGACGGGGCGUAUCGACCAAAAAGCUUCUUUCGGCCCCAGGAGGUGGCCAAUCUUGACCCAGCUAAAGUGACGUCACUGACGGCUUACGUUGUCCAUAGCCUUAACGGAGACGUGACAGAAAAGUGUGUGACAGGUUCAUUGUUGCAAUUACAAGAAGACGUAGCGACAAGGGAAUUAAAUUUGAAUGCAUUGACGAUCCAAGCAUCACUCGCCACGUUCAAUGCAUCCAGGAUCCAGGACACGAAACAUGUCGACCCUAAACAGAUUCGGCCCCCGCGACUUUCGGCUCGCCAACGGUUCUAAUCCUAGGGUGAUCACACUGCCUGUGCACACAGUCUGCCCCAUGCACACACAACAACACAACAGCAGUCAG